UGCAGAGAUUGUUUACAGUCCUGAAAAUGUCACUUUCAACUUAAUAAUCGCUUCUUUAAAGGCUGAGAUUUUUCCCUCUUCCAGAAGAUUUAACCUGAAGAUUUAACGUGUCUGCUUCUAAUUAAAAAGCAGUGUUUCCAUACAGAAGUGAUCCAUAUUGUGCUGAUUUGCCAUGAAUAAUUCUGUGUAUAUGAUUGAUGGUGAUUCUGAUGAGGAAAUCUCUACCCAGCGAGCUAUUCAGGAAAGCUUACAAGAUAAGCAUAAACUUGAAACAAGUGGCACUGCAACAGAGAUUGAAAGUUUUCAGUAUACUGCAAGUAAAGAACAUGGGCAGAUCAUUGCAGCAAUUCGGACAGGCCAAGAGGAGGCCUUGAAGAAGCUGGUGAGGCACAGUUCUGCUUUUGAAGAAGCAGAUCAGCAUGGCUGGCUUCCUGUGCAUGAAGCUGCAGCACAGCUAAAUAAGAACAUCCUUGAAAUAACUUUAAAAGCCUCCCGUGACAUUACGUGGGAACAGUCCACUCUGCAAGGGGAAACACCUCUCUUGGUGGCAGUAAGAAAUUGUUUUGUGGACAAUGUCCAAUUUCUCCUGCUCAAUGGCUGCAACCCCAAUGUUAAAAAUGAAGAGGGAGAUUCUCCUUUAGUAAUAGCAAUUAAACUUGAUUCCUAUGACAUUGCCUCCUUGUUGCUGCGAUGCGGUGCCAGAGUGAAUUUGCGCUGUGUCCAUGAGAGAACUGCUCUGCAUGAGGCAGCCAGACUGGGCAGGAAGGAUCUGGUGCAGCUUCUCCUGGAUGCUGGAGCAGAUCCUGACCCCCGCAGUGGAUAUGGGCUCACACCUCUAGCACUGGCUGCACAGAUGGGACAUACAGAAAUUAUGGAGCUCUUACUGCAAAAAGGUGCAGAUGUUCUUUCACAGGCAAAGGACUGUGCUUCUAUAUUGUUUGAAGCAGCAGGAGGAGGAAAUCCAGAUUCUGUGAGUCUUUUACUAGAAUAUGGGGCUGAUGCCAAUGUACCAAAGCACUCGGGUCAUUUGCCAAUCCACAGAGCUGCAUAUAGAGGACAUUUUCUAGCUCUAAAAUAUUUAGUUCCAGUGACUGAUUUUGCUGCCAUUAAAGAAAGUGGGAUAAGUCCAGUUCACUCAGCAGCAGCAGGAGCACAUCCUCAGUGCCUGGAGUUUCUCCUGCAGUCGGGUUUUGAUGCCAAUUUUAUGCUGGCUCAGAGAGUUCGCAAAGGCUACGACGACCACCGGAAAUCAGCCCUGUACUUCGCCGUUUCCAACGGGGAUAUCUGCUCAACGCAGCUGCUGCUCAACGCCGGAGCCCUGACUAACCAGGAUCCCAUCAACUGCCUCCAAAUAGCCCUGAGAAUGGGCAACUACGAGCUAAUGAACCUGCUGCUCCGCCACGGGGCCAACGUCAACUACUUCUGCCGCGUGAACACCACGCACUUCCCCUCCGCGCUGCAGUACGCGCUCAAAGACGAGGUCAUGCUGCGCAUGCUGCUGAGCUACGGCUACGACGUGCAGCGCUGCUUCGACUGCCGGCGCGGCAGCGGGGCCCACGCCCAGUACGUGACCGACGGCUGGACCUCCACCGUUAUCAAAGACACCAUGUUUUGUGAAGUGAUAACCUUGUCCUGGCUGAAGCACGUGUCUGGGAAAGUAGUGCGAGUCAUGUUAGAUUAUGUUGAUCACAUUAAGAUUUGCUGGAAGCUCGAAGCUGUUCUCAAAGAACAGGAACUCUGGCCAGACAUCCAUUUCAUUUUAACAAAUCCUCGCUCUCUGAAGCACCUUUGCCGUCUGAAGAUCCGGGCAUGCAUGGGACGGCUGCGCCUCCGCUGUCCUGUCUUCAUGACCUUCCUUCCACUGCCAAACUGCUUGAAAGACUACAUCCUCUACAAGGAAUAUGACCUUUAUGGACAGGAAAACUUCACAGGGAUCUACAACCUCAACUGUGCUUAAAUAUUAGUCCUGUACUUUGAAGGGAAUGUAAUGUUAUGCUUCUUUCUUUUGGGAUUUUCUUUCCUCUGUAUAUUCAGGAAUGCCAGCACUCUCCCCUCAGCCCCUGAAGAAAAUGGCAAGAACUCCAAAACGUGAGUAUUGGUGAUCCCAUUCCAAGGAUCUCCUGGACUAUGACCUAUCUGGAAGUUAUGGCAACAGUAUUUUAAAUGCUUAAUGUGACAAGUUAAAGAAGUUUAGAAUACAAGGCUGCAGGCCUUGUGUUAUGGCUAAAUUAAAGCCUAUCAUAUCAAAUACCACUACCCCCACUCCAGGGUUAAACUCAGGGUUUAGUUAAAGGUCAGGGAUUUGACUAAACCAGGAAGGGAUGUAGUUUUCUCUUGUACUUCUUCCCUUCUCUUGACAAUAUGUAGUUUUUAUUUGUGAAGUCCUACAGUGAAGUUCUGAAGAACAGCUUAAGUAAUUCUUCUCUUCACCCAAUAAAGCCAUCCCCCAUUCUAAGCAAUGAAAUGGGAUCAAGCUUGAGAAACCUCUGCUUGUCACAGCAGGUAAUGUGAUAUACCAAUGUUUCAACAAGGUGGCAUUGCUGAAAGCUAUGUUAGUUCUGCAGCUCCUUCUCAGGUACUGGUAUGUCUCAUAUACCAUGAACGUGGACUAGUCUCUCUAGAACUGGGUUUUCCUUAGACAGUGCUGUCCAAAGCCAUGCUUGCAACUUUUGGAGUUUCUCUCUAUAGAGGUGGAGCUUAAACUUUUGGAGCCCUGUCAUUUUAGGAAGUCUUACAGAAGUCUUAGAAAGACCUACAGCAUGCCUGUUUCCUCUAAAAAUACUGCAAAUAUCAGUUCCUAUUUUAGAGGAAAAGAAGUUCAUCAACACAUUUGGCAUUAGUAGUAUUUAUUCCUUCAUAAUCAAGUAAGCAUAGAUUUUUUUUUCUAGUUAUACAUGCAUCUUUAUCACAGAAGUUACAUAAUUCAAAAGUCUGCUUUUCCCCAGAAAAUUCUACAAACCUUAUAAAAUACAAAUUUAACCAUAAUGUGGUUAUGGCCCAUGGUUUUUUUUACAUGGUGUUUAUCCCAUAAUAAACUAACUCAGCCUGUGAAGAUAUGUCCAGUGCCCAUGGUAGUGGUUGUGCUGGUAGAGCCUCUGCACCUGGCUUGUUCUGCAGAGCCCUCACUGCCCUGUCCCUGCACCACCAUGAGCCCUGCCCAGCCAGCUGCCACAGCUCCUGCUCAUCUUCAGUCUCUGAUUGUUGCAAAAAUAGAUUUAGAGCAUUCCCAAGUGUAACAACUUCCUCUGAGG